AUGGCACCAGUGUACACUGUGCACCGGUGUGGACCAAAGCCUUCUACUUCUGUGGGUCUGAUGUGCCAGGCCAUCGAAUCCACACAGUCCAGUCAAAAGGUGUGCUAUGGUGACUUCAAGCGCUCUUGUUACAAGUUAGCUUAUUUCCAGGACUUGUCUAGACGUGUGGGCUUUCAGGAGGCCCGCCAAGCUUGUGAAAUUGAUGGUGGGGCUUUACUGAGCUUGGAAAGUGAAGCUGAGCAGCAACUAAUAGAAAACAUGUUGCAAAACCUUACUAAAUCAGGCUCUGGGAUUUCUGAUGGUGAUUUCUGGAUUGGGUUGUGGAGAAGUGGUGAUGGACUAGCCACCUCAACUGCUUGCCCUGACCUCUACCAGUGGGCUGAUGGAAGUAAUUCACCAUUCAGAAAUUGGUAUACAGAUGAGCCUUCCUGUGGAAGUGAAGCCUGUGUUGUGAUGUAUCAUCAGCCAACUGCAAACCCUGGUCUGGGAGGGCCAUACCUUUAUCAAUGGAAUGAUGAUAGAUGCAACAUGAAGCACAAUUUUAUCUGCAAGUAUGGCCCAGAUAGUGUCUUAGAAAAAGAAUUAGGAGACAGAGCGGAGCCAGAUUACGGUAUUUUUCCAACGGUGCCAGCAGGAAAUCCUUAUGACACAAGCAAACCAGAAGAUCAGUAUCACGUUAUUGCUACUGAAACAGGUAUCAUUCCAAAUCUGAUUUAUGUCAUAAUACCCACUAUACCACUACUGCUGUUGAUACUGGUGGCUUUUGGGACUUGCUGUUUCCAGAUGCUUCAUAAAAGUAAAGGAAGAACAAAAACCAGUCCGAACCAGUCCACACUAUGGAUUUCAAAGACGCCUAGGAAGGACAGCAGCAUGGAGGUAUAAUGAUUUACUGACUGAAAACAAAGCAAAAAUAACAUUUUGCAGUCAGGCUGUAUUAUAAUGUCGUCAAAGAACAUUAGCUUGGAAUGGCUUGAAAAUGCAAAGGAUCUACAAGAAUGAACUCUAAGCUCCCCCUUGAGGCAAAUGUUCAAAUCAUUUUUAUAUAAUGUUUGAUUAUUAAUUCAGUAACAAAAUAUGCCAUGCUAAAUAAAGGGUAUGUGUUUAUUUUGCUAAGAGAUGUAAGUUAGCUAGUUGUGAGCAAUGAAAUGAACAGAGCGUUUGAAGUUUUUAUGGGGAAAUAUCUACAAUGUAUAUCAGUUUUAAGAUUGUUUGUAGUUAAACAAACCCUCUUUGUUUCCUUUAGUCUCUCGUGCAUUGUAACGUAGUUGAUGUACUGUAAAUGGAACUGAUAAUUUUACAGUGUAACAAUUAUUUAUCUUUGCAUAAAUGUUUGAUAC